AUGGAUGGUGUCUUGGGGAUUCCUUUCCAGUCCGGCCGUAGUGAGGAAGCAGGGCUGAGGAUCGGCUUCACCAGGCAGGAGAAGACAUUAGGGCACCUGCAGGGCUCUCUUAAGGAACUUCUCCACACAACUGGCCAAACAAGGUCCAGUCUCAGCACACCCAAGGAGACUUCCACUCAGUCACAGGUCACAUCUCCUUCUCCCGCUCCUUCCUCGGAAGGAUUGCACAGCACGGUUGUGCCCUCUUCCUCAACCAUAUCUGUGUCUUCCAGUCGGAGCCCUAGGCCAAGUCAGGAAACCUCACUUCCUGUGACAUCGGCCUCCUCUAGCACUUCUGCACCAGAAACUACACAGACAACUACAGCGUCCAUUACAUCUUCAACAACCGCUGUCCCUCUAGUUUCUUCCACCAGCCCUGGCUCACUGAGUCCUUCUGUGAAUACUGAGCAGCCAAGCACAAAACACGGUUCAACCCCUCCUCCUUCUUCCAGAAUGACCACCUCCCACGAGCGAACAUUGCAAUCAACAACUCUCAGUACCAAUGCGGAAACAUCAAGUAUCGUGCACAGUAGCUUUUCUUCCAGCACGGCAAAUCUUCAGAGCAGCUUGCCCUCCACCUUUUCCACUGCCAAAACUCAUGGCUCCAGCCACACAACUGGCCAAACAAGGUCCAGUCUCAGCACACCCAAGGAGACUUCCACUCAGUCACAGGUCACAUCUCCUUCUCCCGCUCCUUCCUCGGAAGGGUUGCACAGCACGGUUGUGCCCUCUUUCUCAACCAUAUUUGUGUCUUCCAGUCGGAGCCCUAGGCCAAGUCAGGAAACCUCACUUCCUGUGACAUCGGGCUCCUCUAGCACUUCUGCACCAGAAACUUCACAGACAACUACAGCGUCCAUUACGUCUUCAACAACCGCUGUCCCUCUAGUUUCUUCCAGCAGCCCUGGCUCACUGAGUCCUUCUGUGAAUACUGAGCAGCCAAGCACAAAACACGGUUCAACCCCUCCUCCUUCUUCCAGAAUGACCACCUCCCACGAGCGAACAUUGCAAUCAACAACUCUGAAUACCAAUGCGGAAACAUCAAGUAUCGUGCACAGUAGCUUUUCUUCCAGUACGGCAAAUCUUCAGAGCAGCUUGCCCUCCACCUUUUCCACCGCCAAAACUCAUGGCUCCAGCCACACAACUGGCCAAACAAGGUCCAGUCUCAGCACACCCAAGGAGACUUCCACUCAGUCACAGGUCACAUCUCCUUCUCCCGCUCCUUCCUCGGAAGCUUUGCACAGCACGGUUGUGCCCUCUUCCUCAACCAUAUCUGUGUCUUCCAGUCGGAGCCCUAGGCCAAGUCAGGAAACCUCACUUCCUGUGACAUCGGGCUCCUCUAGCACUUCUGCACCAGAAACUACACAGACAACUACAGCGUCCAUUACGUCUUCAACAACCGCUUUCCCUCUAGUUUCUUCCACCAGCCCUGGCUCACUGAGUCCUUCUGUGAAUACUGAGCAGCCAAGCACAAAACACGGUUCAACCCCUCCUCCUUCUUCCAGAAUGACCACCUCCCACGAGCGAACAUUGAAAUCAACAACUCUGAGUACCAAUGCGGAAACAUCAAGUAUCGUGCACAGUAGCUUCUCUUCCAGCACGGCAAAUCUUCAGAGCAGCUUGCCCUCCACCUUUUCCACCGCCAAAACUCAUGGCUCCAGCCACACAACUGGCCAAACAAGGUCCAGUCUCAGCACACCCAAGCAGACUUCCACUCAGUCACAGGUCACAUCUCCUUCUCCCGCUCCUUCCUCGGAAGGGUUGCACAGCACGGUUGUGCCCUCUUCCUCAACCAUAUCUGUGUCUUCCAGUCGGAGCCCAAGGCCAAGUCAGGAAACCUCACUUCCUGUGACAUCGGGCUCCUCUAGCACUUCUGCAUCAGAAACUACACAGACAACUACAGCGUCCAUUACGUCUUCAACAACCGCUGUCCCUCUAGUUUCUUCCACAAGCCCUGGCUCACUGAGGCCUCCUCUUACUACUGGGCACUCCAGCAUGCAGUCUUCAUCCCCUGCCUUUUCUUCCAGAAUGACCACAUCCCAGGAGAGAACAUUGCAAUCCACGACCCUGAGUUCAGCUUCUACAACCGAAAUUCUGCCCCCCAAAUGUUUUAAUGGCGGGGUUCCUGUUGGGGAUCGCUGUAAAUGUCCAUCGCCUUACACUGAGCCAUUUUGCAAGGAGGCAAAGAAUGAAGUUAUUGUGGUGAUGAUUAUGGCUACAAUCAACAUCUUCGUCAAAGUGAUCCGAAAGACGUUUGUACCAGAGAUGGCUAUUCAUGGCUCUCCGGCUUUCCAGAUUUUUGAGAUCCAAUUUGAGGAGCAGAUGGAAAUUUUCUAUGCCAACAUUUCUGGGUUCCAGGGAGUAAAGCUGCUUCGUCUGAGCAAUGGCAGCAUCAACGUGGAGCACCUGGUGCUCCUGUCGGUGCCUUUCCCCGAAUUCAAUGCCACUUACGACAAAGCUGUGGGCAAAAUCCGGACUCAGCUGUACAGCAAGGAGGACGUUUGUACCUCCCAGACCGAAGAUAAGCUGUGUUUCAACUCGAGUGACUCCAGGGUGACUGAAGUGGCUCUCAGUCCUCAAGACUUGUCCAAAGUCUGCAGAAAUACCUCGGUGGUCAAGGGAGACCUGCAGCAGUAUUACCUGGCCCGAAACAUUAGCAACCAGCUGCAGUGCGUCUCCAACUGCAGCUUUUGGCACCCGGAUCCCUUCCGCUGUGACAAGGGGAGCUGCUACAUCCAGAGAGAUGGGCCGAACUGCUACUGCCAGCAGUCGGACGCCUACUGGUAUAGCGGCCGCCACUGCGACCAGAGCAUCAGCAAGGUGGGGGUGGCCGUGGGGGUGGCCCUGGGCCUGGCGGUCCUACUGCUCCUCAUCCUGCUCCUGGCGGCCCUCCUCUGCUGGCGCCACUGCCGCCCACGGAAAGACCACAGGCGGCUGAACGUGAACCCCAAUGAGGAGAAAUGGUACGAGAAUGAGUCGGAGUGGGUGGCCAGGCCCCAGGGCCUCCCCCCACAGAGCCCCCAAGCCCAGCAACAGGAGCCAGGCACGGAUUGCUCGGCCCCGGAUAACCCAGCUCUGAAGAAGCCUUGGAAGCCCAGGUUGGACCGAAGCAGCUUUGCUGGGUUGCUCGUCCCAAGGUCCUCGCCCGAUCGGGGCGUCUGCUGUGGGGCUCCUGGGCCCGGCCAUCCCUGA